AUGUCGACACUCGAGUAUCGAACACCGCAUGCGGUUGCGUCUACAAACCGCACGCUUCGAAACGCCUUCUCUGCCCUGAACAUACACUACUCGGGCGACGAGGAGGAGUCGGAGAGCGAUGGCUCUCCCAGAUCCUCUCCUUCCCGACCGCUCACCGGCUCCAAGAGCAUGCCAUCUUUGGUCCAGAAGGACGAUGUUGCCCAGCCUGAAUACAGCUCUUACCCCUACAACAACCCUCAUCAAGCUGGCCAAGACAACGUUGACUACCCUACGAACGUGGAGCCCACCGCUCAGGUCGCGACGAACCAGGCACAUCCAGCGCUCACUGGCAACUUCAUGCCUGCGAGCGAGGCCGUUCGACCCAUUGCCACUCUCCCGGCUAAAAUGGGAGCCGUUGCCAACAUCCAUCGAGAGCUCGACGCUCAGUCUCUUUAUCCUGGAGAUGCUUGUCUAUUUGUGGCCAACCUCCCUCAACACAUCGAUGAUCUCACCCUGAGGGUUUCUCUUACCAAGCACUUUGCCAAGUUUGGUACAGUCUUCGUCAAGGUCAAGCGUGACCGCAUCAGACACAUGCCUAUGGCCUUUGUUCAGUACACUCAAAUCAAGCACGCCGAUGUUGCGGUGCGCGAGGCUCGUGGAGAUAUCAUCCAUGGCCGUGCUAUCCGAGUUGAGAAGUGCGGCGGAAACCUCUCCUACAUUAUCUGGCGCAAAGACACUCGCCCCGUUCACUCCAACGAAGCUCAUUCUAUUUUUUCCCGCUAUGGACCAGUUAAGAAGGUCGAGAUUCUCGACCAUGAUGCUCAGACCAAGCUCGCCGUUCCUCCCAGUCUUCGUAUACUAUACUCCAGAUUUGACCCCAAACGUAACGUCAUCCAGGACGUCGGCCCCAACACGCCAUUCGUCAUUAUGGCUUUCGAUCCCAAGAUGGUUCAGAAGCGUUCUGACCGCCCAGCGGACGAUCAAACCUUCAUGGAGAUGUACGAAAAGGACUGUCGCUCAGUGUUCUUCGGCGGACUACCUCAUUAUGCUGACGAGGCCAUGGUCUACCGACUGGCUGGCAUCUGCGGCCAUAUUCGUUCUGUUGAGCUACGAACUUCCCCUGACCAGGACGGUGGUCUCCCUCACCCUUGGGCAUUCGUCGAGUACGACGAGUUUGAUGUCCCUGACAGAGCCAUGGAAGAAUUUAAUGGCAAAGAAGUUGAAGGCUGUAUCCUUCGGGUCGAACGAAAGAGAACCAAGCCCGCCCCCGAAGCUGUCGCUGUUCCUCAAGCCAUCGGCACUCGGCUGCCCGACUCUGGCCCUCACUACCCCAACCCUGGUUUCCGUUUUCCCGACUCUGGUUCUCGCUUUCCCAAACCUGGCCCAUCCCGUGUUCCCGGCUCUGGUUCUUCCCGCAUGCCUGGUAGUGUGGAUGAUGCUCGCUUGUAUCCAUCCCCUCUCCGUCCUGUUAAGCGUCCUCAUCGUCGCUUUGACUCUCGCGUCGUCUCCGAGGCCGCUACUCCGAUGAACCACCGCCACAUGGUUUCGAGCACAGACUUGUCUCAAGAGGAGCAGGAGUUCCUUGAGAACCAUCGCGUGGAGGACUUACUGAAGCCGGAGAACAUGCAACCCAGACCUUUACCCGUCCCGACCUUAACAGUCCCAGCUACCAGCUUAGAUGAGGUCACUCCAGUUCAGUCUCCUGAAAAGUACCCUGUCGAGUCUGGUAACACAGUUCGUUUCGCUCCCUCUCCAAGCACCUUGCCAUCUCAUGCUGGGUCAUCUCCUAUUCCCCUUCAGAUACCUGCUCCUCCUGCAGAGUUCAGCCCGCCGAACCUUCGGGCUUUCAAGGAUCGUCUCGCUGCAGAUGGACACUCUCGGGUUACGGCCUUUUCACCUGCUGCAGAACUUGCAGCGAUACGGUGUGAGGUUGCUGCUGAAGACAAGGCCAACGGCAAGGGACACCGCCGUGCUGUUUCGAUGUUUAUCACCUCUACCUAUCCACCUCCUCUUGACCUAUCGGAGAGCGACGACAGCACUUGGCGCGAGAGUGGAAGCUCGCCGGACGAGCAGGGCAUGCAGAAGAAGAAGGCUAAGAGUGGCCUGAUUCGACGUCGCCACCUAUCUGAGGAGAACUUAAAGCGCAACCUAUUAUACCAGUCCAAAUUCAAGAGCACCUUUACAUCGGAGGAGACUAUGCGCGGCAGAUCUCUAACUCGCGAAACCGAGCAGCCUCGUGACAAGAGUGGCAAGUCUCGGAAGAGUGAUGCCACUGAGCGAGUCCCCGAAGGACAGGUCGUCGUCGCCUCUCCGCAAGUCUCCGAUGACCAGCCUAUCGUUGCUGCUCAGCAGCAAACGUACCAGCCCGCCAUGCCAUAUGCAAAUAUGGUCCCUCAAUACCCUCCACCCAUGCCGCCUAUGGGUUACAUGCCGAUGCUGCCCCCAGCUAUGCCUCCCGUCGCUGCUCCUGGUGGCUUUAGCUAUAUGAACAUACCUCAGCAUCCUCAUCUGCAGUUCAAUGAGCCUAUGCAGAUAUACCCAGGCCCAUCUCACCAUGGGUAUGCAGGCCCAAGGCCAUCCCAGGUGCAGUAUCCUCCUCCUCCACAACCCGCCCCCAUGUACCAAGGGCAACCUCAGGUGCCAUUCCAGGGACACCACCAACGCGAGUAUCACGAGCCCAUGACUGUGUCUCAAGAUGCUCGCAACCACCCAUACCAAAGCCAUGGUCGACCUCAGUACCAAGGUCGCCGCCAUGCUUCAUACGCGCAUCCUCAGCAGAUGCAUUACCAGGGGAAUUACAGCGGUACGCCCCACUCUAACUUCACUCCCCGGGGACCAAGAGAGUCCUACCACCAGAGCCGCCAGCGGCAGGAAGCAGAGCGCUACCGUCGCUAUAACUCUUAG